CUGGCAAUGAUGGAGGAUCAGCCUCCAGUCCACCUCUUCCACUCCUCAGCGACUACAUACACUCACAGAAAGACCCACACACUUUCACAUGCCUGCCUCCUGCCUGCGAUUAAACUCCAAAUCUCACUCACUCUCGCCUGCAUUCCUGAGUCGACCCCACUGCUGUGCCAGUCGCGUAUGACCGCACAGGACUCGACCGGAGAAAGGGCUGCACCGGCACACUUCACCCUGGGCUUUUGAGUUUGGAGGACCUUAACCAGAAGCUGCGUGAAGCACAUGCGGAAAGAUUCGUCUAACAAGGAAUCACUUCAUAUUACUUCCAGCAGCCUGGGCAGAGUGAAGGCCUUUCUCAUCUAAUGGCUGCAACCAGCUGAACCAAAAACCAAAAUCUGAGGAGAAAUCAAACCAAAGGCAUUUAUUUCACUGGAUUCUGCUUGCUUGCUCUUACAGGACUGCAUGUUUAUUUUUGAUUUAAGUUGUUUUCUGACUAUUCGGGCCUUUAGGACAUACAGGUGAGGACGUUCUCCGACCUUUUUGUAAAAAAAUCUCACCUUCAAAGAUGGACCCUUUGACAGACAGCCCCCGUGUGCGCUCAGACAGCAUGAGCAGCUCAGCGUCUCAGGGCUCAAGGACGAAGAUGCUUCUCCGCCAGCGGUUGUCCCAGCUGCUCACCUGCGUAGAGGACAUGAGCUCUGACGAUGAAGCCAGUGAAGAAGUGUCCCGCACGCUGGACGAAGCUUUUCAGCUCUGCGGCCGCUUUAUUCCCACAGAUGCAUUCAGGCUGCACAUGGUGACCUGGAAUGUGGCCACAGCAGAGCCUCCAGAAGACGUCACCUCUUUGCUGCAACUAGAUGUCCAGCCCCCCACAGACCUCUAUGUGAUUGGUCUGCAGGAGGUAAAUGCCACCCCAAUCAGGUUCAUCUCAGACCUGAUAGCAGAGGACUCCUGGAGCCACGUCUUUAUGGACACAUUGGCACCCAGAGGAUUUGUGAAGGUCACAUCAGUGAGGAUGCAGGGUUUGCUGCUGCUGGUUUUUGCCAAACAAAUUCAUCUCCCCUUCAUCAGAAACAUCCAGACCACUUACACUCGCACUGGCAUCUUUGGCUACUGGGGUAACAAAGGAGGAGUGUCGGUGCGUUUCUCCUUCUAUGGUCACAUGGUGUGCUUCCUCAACUGCCACCUAGCAGCUCACAUGAACUACUCUCUGCAGCGUGUUGAUGAGUUUGAGUACAUCCUGGAGGCGCAAGACUUUGACCUCUAUGACACCCCACAAAUCCGGGACCACAAGGUGGUGUUCUGGUUUGGUGAUCUGAACUUCCGUAUCGCAGACCAUGGCUUGCACUUUCUCCGCUCGUCCAUCAACAGCGGACGCCUUAAUUUGCUGUGGAACAAAGACCAGCUCAUCAUGAUGAAAAAGAAGGAACCGUUCCUGCAGGAAUUUGAGGAAGGACCGUUAGAUUUUAAACCCACCUACAAGUUUGACCGUAACUCUGACACCUAUGACACCAGGGCUCCAAAGUCAUGGUUGGGUUUUAAUGGCAAGAAGAGGAAGCCAGCCUGGACAGAUCGCAUCCUCUGGCGCAUCAAACCCAAAACUCUGCCAUCAGAGGAUGAUGAGGAGGAGAAGGCAUCAACUUCCACAGUUGAUGGACAAGAUGAGUUUCCAAUCCUGGUCACCCAGGACAAGUACACCUCUGAUAUGAGCUAUGGAGUCAGUGACCACAAGCCUGUCAUUGCAACCUUCAGUCUGGAUCUGAGGAAAUGUUUUGACACACCACUGGUGCACGUAUCUCCUGUGGGUGUGUGGAGCGCCGACCAAGAUGCACUUCUGACCUACACCAUCCAAGAAGACUUCAUGUCCUCCACAUGGGACUGGAUCGGCCUUUACAAGGUGGGAUUUAAAAGUGCGGCUGACUAUGAAACCUUUGUUUGGGUCAGAGAAGACGACCUGCCAGAGAUAAACGAAGUCAUACAGAGAUCUGUGGAGAAGGAUGAGAUUCCUCUGCUAGGUGGACAAUAUGUUUUGGGUUACUACAGUACAAACAUGCAAAGCAUCAUUGGCCUCAGUGCUAGCUUCCAGAUCCUGGAGUCAAAACGUGCUGUCAUGGAAGGCCUUGUUCCUGAGGAUAUCAAUGGCUUCAACAAAUAAGAGCAAAUUCACUUCAGUACCCCAUUUCAUUCCUCUCUUUUGCAAUUUGUUUCAGACUUUAAAAUGCCCCAAGAUUAACUCCAUCAUCUACAUGAUAAGAUGACUCAAUUACUAAAUAAUGGCCACCACUCUGUGCCCAACACAUGGACUUGGAACUUCACUUUGUUGUUUCUUAGUUUGCCUUUGGGGUUCAGAUUCACUUAUAAAAAUAAAUCACUCUAAUGAGUGGCCUGCCUGCCUGCCUGUCUACAGGCCCUUUUAUUCUAUUAGAGCAAAAAAAAACAAAAAACAAACAAUACAUGAAUGAAUAUGCCAAACUACACAGCUGCUAGAAAACAAAAAAUGCAGUUUUGUUUUUUUAGUAGUGGACAUGCAUUGCAGGUCAAUACAUUAUAGAACUUGGUCAAAUAAUAUUUUAAUACGUUUCUAUGUUUUGGUUUGCUCUGCAUUAGUGUCAGUGCAGGAGAUAUGAUAAAUUGAUAUGCCAAUCAUAGGACACAGGAAAAUUUCCCAUUGAUGCAGGUUGUUUUAUCUUAUGAAUGCUGUCUUAAGGAAGAAAGAUGCAUCUGGUAAUUGAGUUUUUAAAUUAUUUCUGUGGGAUAUUUGACCCACUAUUGAACCCAAGUAUCUUUGAGAGGUGAGAGGAACGCACAUUGAUUUCUCAUCCAGCAUUUAAUAUUAGAUGUGGAUAUUGAUGUGGACUUGUUUUGAGUCAGAUAGCGCUUUGUCUGAACUAUGUGUAAUGUAUUUGCAAUACUGUAAGGCUAAUGUGUAUCAUGACGGACACUGAGGCAGUGAACAGAAUAAUGAUUAUAUUGUGAUUUUUCAUAGAUUUAAGGAUUUGAAUUAUGUAUCUAUCUUGUUCUAAACUGUAGUUUCUCAACACAAGGUGUCUUUUCAUUUCCAAUAAAAACAGAUGAUUGUGGUCAAAGCCAAACAAAA